AUGGCUUUACUACGAACAGCGAUCUUGGCGGCUUUGCCUAUUGUCCUGGCGCAGAACCUACCGCCCGACACAGCAUUCCCAAUCACUACGUAUCCUAAUGCCACGGACCAGUACAUCGACUACGCGGCUCUCUGGGGCCAGACUGAGGGCGAGUACUAUCCCUCACCAUGGGGUGAGGGUCAAGGCGACUGGGCCGAUGCCUACUCCAAGGCUCGCGCUUUCGUAUCUCAGCUCACGUUGGUGGAGAAGGUCAACCUUACCACCGGUGUAGGCUGGGAGGGCGAGAAAUGUGUCGGCAAUACUGGUUCGAUCCCACGCCUCGGCUUCAAAUCACUCUGUCUCGAGGACUCUCCACUAGGUGUACGAGACACCGAUUUCAAUUCUGCUUUCCCAGCUGGUGUGACAGCCGCCACGACUUGGGACCGGGCCACUAUUUAUCAGCGAGGCGUGGAUAUGGGCGCGGAGCAUAGGGAGAAGGGUGUAGAUGCUCAGCUGGGACCAGUCGUAGGUCCUCUCGGCCGCAGUCCUGAAGGCGGACGUGGUUGGGAAGGGUUCUCGCCCGAUCCAGUCCUUUCUGGUAUUGCCAUUGCGGAAACCGUUAGGGGCAUCCAGAGCUCUGGAAUCAUUGCAACCACGAAGCAUUUCAUACUGAACGAGCAGGAACACUUCCGCCAGGGUUCUCCACCUUCAAACCUGAGCUUGAACGCCAUCAGCUCCAACAUCGAUGAUGUCACAAUGCACGAGCUUUACUUGUGGCCAUUUGCAGAUGCUAUCCGCUCUGGUACUGCUUCUGUCAUGUGCUCGUACAAUAAGAUCAACAACGAGUACGGAUGCCAGAACUCAUACACGCUCAACCAUCUACUCAAGAGCGAGCUCGGCUUCCAGGGCUUUGUCAUGACUGACUGGGGUGGGCACCACUCUGGUGUUACUGCUGCUCUCGCUGGUCUGGACAUGUCCAUGCCCGGUGACAUCGGCUUCGACAGCGGCAACUCUUUCUGGGGUGCUAACCUGACCGUUGGUGUGCUCAAUGGUUCGAUCCCACAAUGGCGUCUUGACGACAUGUGCGUUCGUAUCUUGGCGGCAUGGUACUACGUGGACAGGGAGAACAACCAAGUUCCAGAUGCACCGAACUUCUCUGCUUGGACUCUCGAUACCUACAACUAUGCCCACUUUUAUGCUCAAGAGGACUAUACUCAGGUCAACUGGCACGUCGAUGUGCGUGGUGACCACAGGGAUAACAUCAGGGACACCGCCGUCAAGGGCACUGUGCUGCUCAAGAACAACGGUGUACUGCCAUUGUCUGGCAAGGAGAAGUUGACUACUGUCUUUGGCUCAGACGCUGCCGAGAACCAGUAUGGUCCUAACGGUUGCCCGGAUCGUGGCUGCGACAAUGGCACACUUGCUAUGGGUUGGGGUUCCGGGACAGCCAACUUCCCGUACCUCAUCACUCCAUUGGAGGCUAUCAAGGCCGAGGUACAGCUCAACAACGGUGCCAUCGAGUCUGUCAUCGACGACUACGCUUACACUCAAAUGGCCGCCUUGGCUCGUCGCGCCACGCAGGUCGACGGUGUCUGUAUCGCCUUUGGCAACGCCGAUUCGGGUGAGGGCUACAUCAUUGUCGAUGGCAACGAGGGUGACCGCAACAACCUUACACUUUGGCAUAACUUUGAUACUAUGAUCAAGAACAUCACCUAUCAAUGCAACAAUACGGUCGUUGUGAUUCACGCCACUGGCCCAGUCCUUCUUGAUUCCUUCUACAGCAAUCCCAACGUCACGGCUAUUGUCUGGGCUGGUAUUCCUGGCGAGCAGUCUGGCAACGCUAUUACUGAUAUCCUUUACGGCAAGGCCAACCCGGGUGGCAAGCUGCCCUUCACCCUAGGCUCGUACCGCGGCGAAUAUGGUGCUGAUAUUCUGUAUGAGCCGAACAAUGGUAUCAACAGCCCUCAGGAUGACUUCGCCGAGGGCGUGUUCAUUGACUACCGUGCCUUUGACAAGGCCGGUAUCACGCCUCUCUACGAGUUCGGGUACGGUCUGUCAUACACGAAUUUCUCCUUCUCGAACAUCCAAGUACAGAGCCACUCUGCUCCAGCCUAUGCAACGCCAACAGGCAACACUGGCCCUGCGCCAACGUAUGGUGUCGUCAGCAACAGAACCGCGGACUACACCUUCCCAGCUGGCUUCCACCAAGUCCCUAUUUACAUCUACCCAUUCUUGAACAACACCGACCUCAAGUCCUCCAGCGGUGAUCUCAUGUAUGGCUCAAACUACACUUUCCCUGCUGCAGGCUACAAUUCUAGCGCCCAGCCAUACCUUCCCGCUGGCGGUGCUCCUGGUGGCAACCCAGGUUUGUACGAUGUGCUCUUCACCGUCACCGCUACGGUAACCAACACUGGCCCGGUCGUUGGUGACGAGGUCGCACAAUUGUACAUUAGUCUCGGUGCGCCUAGUGAUCCCGUCGUCGCACUGAGAGGCUUCGACCGCAUCUCUAUCCAGCCAGGCCAGAGCGCUACCUUCUCUGCCGAUCUCACAAGGAGGGAUUUGAGCAACUGGGAUACUGCUAGCCAGAACUGGUUCAUCUCAAGCUGCAGUAAGACCGUUUACGUCGGCAACUCUAGCCGCAAGCUCCCGCUCAAGGCCACACUCAGCCUCAGCGGCCUUACUACAGGCCCUUGCGGUGGUAGCAGCAACGGCACUAUGCCCAACAUGCCAUCUGGCCCAGGUGGUUAUAACAGCACCAGCUCCGUGCCUGCAGGCCCAGGUGGAUACUCCAGCUCUUCUGCCUCUAGCCCGGCUGGCCCAACAGGCUACUCGAGUGCUUCCGCCUCCGGUUCUGCUUCGGGCUCUGCGUCUGCAUCUGGAUCUGCGUCCAGCCCAGCAGGCUACUCCAGCAUGUCAAAAGUAGCCUCAAGCAGCAUCUCCAGCGUGAGCUCUGCCGCUUCUGGCCCAGCAAGUUACUCCAGCGCCAGCGCCAGCGCCACCACCAGCGUCCCAGCCGCCCCGGUCGGCUACUCCACCCCCACAGCCUCUGGCUACGGAAGUUGGACCGCCCACCCAAGCCCCUCGGCUUACUCGUCCGGCGGCUGGCGUGCAUAG